CUCACACACACAGAGAUAUGGAUUUUGAUGGACAGCUAUCAAGUUUUUUUUUCUCCAAACCUACUGCCUGAGCGACAGUGAAUGUAAAGUGUCAUUGUCAGUCUCGCCUUUCUCCUUGUGGCUGACAGUGACAUCAACACCCUCGCUCUUGUCAGCUUGACUGCAUCUGUACUUGUGGAAUAAUGACUGAGCUCAGGAUGGCUAAGAAUGUCUCAUUGGAUGGACUACUCAACAGUCCCCCCAAUAAGACUUUUUUCAAGAGACGAUGCUUUAGUGACACCUCGGACCUGUUUGCCAUGAUCGAGAGGUUGCAGGGUCACAGAAUGGAUGAGCAAAGAUGCCCCCUCCCUCCCCCCCUCAAAACAGAGGAAGACUACAUCCCGUAUCCUAGCGUUCAUGAGGUUCUGGGUCGCAACAGUCCUUUUCCACUCAUACUGCUGCCCCAGUUCGGAGGCUACUGGAUCGAGGGGACCAAUCAUGAACCUAAAGACCCACCAGACGCAGAUCAACCUCCUUGUCCUACCUCCCACAUUAAACUGGAGACAAAUAGUACUGCAAAGAUCUACAGGAAGCAUUUCAUGGGCAAGGAACACUUUAAUUACUACACCAUGGAUGCUGCCCUGGGCCACUUGGUCUUUUCAAUGAAGUAUGAUGUCAUUGGGGAUCAAGAGCAUCUGCGCUUGAUGCUUCGCACAAAACAAAAAACUUAUCAUGAUGUGAUUCCCAUUUCCUGCCUUACUGAAUUCCCCAAUGUGGUUCAGAUGGCCAAGCUUGUUUGUGAAGAAGUAAAUGUGGAUAGGUUUUACCCUGUCCUCUACCCGAAGGCAUCAAGGCUCAUUGUCACCUUUGAUGAGCAUGUAAUUAGCAACAAUUUCAAGUUUGGAGUUAUUUACCAGAAGUUUGGUCAGACAUCAGAGGAAGAGCUGUUUGGGAACAUGGAAGAAAGUCCAGCCUUCGUUGAGUUCUUGGAGUUUCUCGGACAGAAAAUUGAGCUUCAUGACUUUAAAGGUUUUCGGGGUGGGCUCGAUGUCACUCAUGGGCAGACAGGGACAGAAUCCGUCUACACAAAUUUCCAUAAUAAGGAGAUUAUGUUUCAUGUGUCCACCAAACUGCCUUACACAGAAGGAGACUCGCAGCAGCUGCAGAGAAAGAGACACAUAGGCAACGACAUUGUGGCCAUCGUGUUCCAGGAGGAGAAUACACCCUUUGUACCAGACAUGAUCCAGUCCAACUUCCUGCAUGCGUAUGUGGUGGUGCAGGUGGAGAAUGCAUGUACAGGCGAUGUCACCUAUAAGGUCUCUGUGACAGCGAGGGAUGAUGUUCCCUUCUUUGGGCCUGCUUUGCCUGACCCCGCCAUCUUCAAAAAGGGCCCCACCUUUCACGAGUUCCUCUUCACCAAACUCAUUAAUGCAGAAUACGCCUGCUACAAGGCUGAGAAGUUUGCCAAGUUAGAGGAGCGAACUCGUUCUGCACUUUUGGAAACACUGUAUGAGGAGCUGCACGUCAACAGCCAAUCCAUGAUGGGUCUGGGUGGCGACGAAGAUAAGCUGGAGAACGGGGGUGGAGGAGGCGGAGGCGGAGGAGGAGGCUUCUUUGAAUCCUUCAAGCGGGUCAUCCGCAGCAGAAGCCAGUCUAUGGACGCCAUGGGCCUCAGUAACAAGAAGUCACACACAGUCUCCACUAGUCACAGUGGCAGCUUUACCCAUAAUCCCGCAGAGAGUCCCAAAACCCCAGGGAUUUCAUUGCUUGUCCCAGGGAAAAGUCCCAGUAAAUAUGGACGUCGAGGCAGUGCCAUAGGGAUAGGAACAAUAGAAGAGUCACUGAUCAUUCCUGGGAAAAGCCCGACCAGGAAAAAGUCCGGGCCGUUCAGCUCCCGUCGCAGUAGUGCUAUUGGCAUCGAGAACAUCCAGGAGGUCCAAGAGAGGAGCCGAGAAGUGUCACCCAACACACAGAGGACACCCGACAGUAGCCACAUGUCACAGGAGAACAAAUCAGACUCCUCCAAUCACAGUUCUCCAGAGUUUCCUGCCGCCAAGAACAGUUUGGCAAUGUGUUGCAGGGCACCAUCCAUCCCUGAAGCUCAGGACCUUUCCCGCUCCUCCUCCAAUGCCAGCAGCUUUGCCAGCGUCGUGGAGGAGCAUGAAGCAGAAGAGGAGUAUGACACUGGUCUGGAAAGUGUGUCUUGUGUUACGCCAGUCAAAAGAGAUUCAUUUGUGUACAGCUCUGGGGUGGAAGACAGUACCAGCCAAGGAAAUCUUCCAGCAGCCUCGCGUCUCCAGCAGCAACCGGACGGAGCGAGGACAUCAGAGCCAAAAGGGACAGACGGCCGGUCCAAGAUGGAGCGCGCUCAGCAGGAGCACAAGUUCUCAUCGAACUGUUAGCCACUCUGUCAGCCCUACAUUGACAUCAAUUUUCAGCAAUCCAGUAAGAGGCAUCCUUUUCCAAAAGAAACAAGCCAAGGGCGUGUGAACUCCACCGAUGCAGAAAAGGAGCAGAGUUAGAAGCCAGAUCAAGUAACUGACAGAUCUUCAUUUGUACGUUUGACAUGACAGACAUCCAGACACCUGCCUAUUGUACUCAUUCCAUCUCCAUGUGGAAACCACCUCUUUGUUCACUACAAAGGAGAAGGACCUCCACACCCAUGCAGCAUCUUUCAGCUGGCUUAGCACAGUACACGUGCCCGCCUUCUCAUUCUUGGAGCCAGUAAGCUCCGAAACCCAAUUCUUACUGUAAGAACUCAAAGAUCAGGAUUCAAAUGGGGAUUUAACCUUGUGACUGAAAGAGUGGUAAAAUAAAUCCACACAGAUCAAACAGCUGGUCUUUGUUCAGAGUUGAACUACAGAGGAAAGCUUUUUUUUUUUUUUUAAUAUAUUUAAAUGUCAAACUCACAUCCCACUGUGACACUUUGACGUUGAUGUAUCAGGUGUGCGUGGCUGUGUGUAAAGCCACGUUUUGUGUUUUAAUGUUGAUCUAUUAUUCUUUUCUGAGUAUUCUGCAGUAGAUAUUUGUUGUGUUUUACAACAACUUCAGCAAGUGUGUCCUGUUUCAAUCAAGGGUACUUUCAUGAUGCUGUUGCUGGUGGCUGUAAAAAUGUUAUUCACCUUUCUUAUAUUUAAGUGAAGGGUUACAUAUGAAAAAAAACUGUGCCAGAGUGAAAAAAAAAAAGAGAGACCUAUUUUAAGAGAAAUGCUGACUUUGCUUUUUCCUUAAAUGAAUAAAGUUACUGUAGUGCCCAAACCAGCGACGUGCAUCAUCAGAUUCACAAACUUAGAGCAGUUCUUUGAGUUUUUCAAAGCUCUUUGUCACCCCCGACUCGUUGAUAUCUGUGUACAGGUGUGCAUACAGCAGUAAUGUGCAUGGUGUAAAUCUGCUUGUCCAAAUCCUCUCCUCUGUACACUGGUGCCAUGCUUGACAUAAAGUUGCUGUCCCUUGUGAUUUGCGUUUUACCAAAAAACCAGCCGACAUCUCCAGACGCAGUGCACGCUGCUAACAGAGAGCCAAACGUCACCGUUUCCUACUUUGUAUGUAAAGUGUAAUAUACGUACGCGACUUAAGCACUACAUUUUCAGAGAUGUUCCUAAACACUGACCUUUUUUGAAAAAAACCUGAUUUGUUGCUGAAAUUGAAAUUACACUGUGACUCGUCUUGAAGUUGCCUUUACGAUUGUCACGUGAGCUGCUUCGAGAAAAAAAAAGUUAUUUUUAAGGGCGCCAGAUGGCUUGAAUGUAAAACGAGGCAGAAGUGGUUUAAUUUGUACAUAUUUGCUCAAGUGAAUAGUUGUACUGUGUUGAAUCUUAACAGUAAACUUGAGCCUGAAACAGCUCAGAGAAGCUUUUUCUUUUCUUUUUUUCUCUUCAGUUUCGAAGGAAAGAACUGAUGCAGGGAGUCACUUUAUGUCAGUGACGUGACUAAAGCAGACUUUUGUCUUCUGUGAAUUAAUGACAGCAUUUAU